AUGGAAUCGCUUCCACUGGAGCUUCGACUCCUGGUCUAUCGUCAAUGUGUGAAUAUUCGCGCACUCGGACUUCUCUACGCCAAUAAACAAUUUCACAAGGAAUUCAGCCCCUUUCUUCUCAAAAAGGACUUUGUCCUUGGCUUUCACAUCGAUCCUUCCUCCUCUACCCAAGUCAAGAUCAUCAAUCCUGACAACUCGGCUUGGGGCAAUCACUGUAUUCUCGACGCCGCAUCAUCGCACGUGGACCACAGCAUUCUUGAUGCGAUGCCCAUCGACCAGUUCAAGGGUAUUCGCAUCCUCAUCGACCCGCCGAGCACAGACGACCCGGGACAAGUCGUGCGGGGCUUGUUGCAGUCCACCGCACUUGUGACGGCGUUGCUCCCGCGUUGGGCCAACCCAGAGACAAUCCCAAGAACCGAGGAUGAUAUCAUCAAUCCAGUUACACGAUCAUCGACUCGAGUGCCACCAAUCACGGUUCAGGUUCGACAGGGUAAGACAACAAGAUGGCACACGGAAGGGUCCUGGAACAGAACUAUCCCCUAUAGUCACGAUGGGAUUUCGGUUCUGGGAUCAUAUCCCGAUGACUACAAGGGCUUUUCUGACUUGCAAACUAUACUGACGCCCUUGGCACGCGUCCGAAAUGCCGAUGCCAUUGUUUUCAAGCUGCCUCUGAAUGCACCCGUGGCCAGCAGCUUUGAUUACUUCAAGAAUGAUCUGGUCGAUCUCGCUGACGAGGAUGCUCUACACGUAUGGCUGGACUAUUUGCUAGACGACAUGCACGGGCCGGCAGCGGCGGAAUUGCGGCGCGACCGCUUCAAGUUUUGGUGUUCCGAGUAUGAGUACCAGACGGGUCGGCGUUUCUACGGCAUCUUCGGUGACCCUGACAGGUUCGGUGGCGCCCGCAUGGCCUUGAACGCGAAUCCUUUCGAUCUGGUCCAGAAGGGGUUUCAUGACAGGUUCAUGAGUGCUCGAGAACACGUCCUUGCUGCAUGGAGAGACACACUAAGGAGGCAUGGACACCCGGUCUACAUCAACCCGGAAAAAUACAUCGACUUUUGGUACCAUUCACUCAGAGUUAUCGAACUGGGUCUGAGGCCAAUGUUGGGCAGAGACGAGACGUUCUGGGAGGUCUGCUAUCCUUCCGGGAUCGAACCCAAGUCUCAAAAUGACAACUGGGAAAAUACCGAGCAGGCCGAUCUCGUGCACCGCCUGGAACCCCCGUUGGAUACAACGGACAGCACGGCGUCCCAGAUACUCCCUGCAGAAACUUCAGGAUGCAAGCAUUGCGCUCAAGGCGAUCUGGAGGCUAGGAAGGACCCUUUGCCCAGUCACGAGAAGAUGUGGAAGUACCUCUCCACAUUCUCGUUGCGAAGCUUCGAGGAAAGGCGUUUAGCACCUAUCGCAGCCACUUAG